GUCACGUGCCGUAAAUAAAAAAGCGAAGGCGAAAGAAAAAUCUCAUCGCUACAAUUGGGAAAAAGAGAAGAACAGUUACAAGAUAAGAAAAAGAAAAGAGAGAGAGGCAAAGAAGAAAGAAAAUAAAAAUAAAAAUAAAAAUCGCGCACUGCAUUAUCACGGUGUUCAUUCUCACCAUACGUUCUCUGUUCCUCUAAUUCCAAGAUCCACGACACUCUCAGUCCUUGUCUGGUCAAAGGUUCGUUUAAUCUGAGGUUUUCCUGGCACUCGGGAAUUGUUAAGCCGGUACAGUUCGUUCUUUUAGAGCAGCAUGUCCCUGGGCACUUCCAAAACAGUUUUUCAGGUUUUGUCCAGGGCUGUGCCUCAAACUGGGUAUAACGAGCCUGGUGUUAACUCUUUAGAUUUAACAUUACAUUCCCGGUUUGGAGUAAAAUGUAUGAAGAAAAGAUCCUCGAGACAUAGGCAUUUAUUUGAGUGUUCUAGCAUGCUUCAAAGUCAGUUAAGAACUCAUCAAUUUCAGUUGAUGAGUUUCCAUGACUAUAAGACCUACAGUCGUCCAUGGUUGCAGACAUGCAAAUGCCAACGAGCUGAAAGUGUGGGUGGCAUAACUACUGGAGAUGGAAAUGGAUCAAGGCUUGUGAAUGAUGUUGAAACAUCAAAUUUGGUAGGCAAUGUGACGAGUGCGAAGCAUAUCUUAGAGUUUGAUGAUGUCCAAGCCCAACAGUUGAAACAAGAAAAGGAGGUUUUGGCAUCUAAUGUUACAAAUGGAGCUAUUACAGACAGCUUUGACACAAUUGGACUCAACUCCAUUGAGGAAGAAGCAUGGGACCUACUAAGGGAGUCUGUAGUUUAUUAUUGUGGCAAUCCCAUUGGGACUAUUGCUGCAAAGGACCCAACUAGUUCCAAUGUUUUGAAUUAUGACCAGGUCUUUAUUCGAGAUUUCAUUCCUUCUGGAAUUGCUUUCCUAUUGAAGGGUGAACAUGAUAUUGUUCGGAACUUUAUCCUUUAUACACUUCAGUUGCAGAGCUGGGAGAAAACAAUGGAUUGUCAUAGUCCAGGACAAGGUUUGAUGCCUGCUAGUUUUAAGGUUCGGACAGUUCCUCUGGAUGGUGAUGAUUCUGCAACAGAAGAGGUUUUGGAUCCUGAUUUUGGAGAGGCAGCCAUUGGCCGUGUUGCUCCUGUUGAUUCAGGAUUAUGGUGGAUUAUUUUAUUACGAGCAUAUGGAAAAUGUUCUGGUGAUCUAUCAGUUCAGGAGAGAGUUGAUGUGCAAACAGGAAUUAAGAUGAUUUUGAGGUUGUGUCUUGCUGAUGGCUUUGAUAUGUUCCCAACUUUAUUAGUAACAGAUGGUUCUUGCAUGAUAGAUCGGAGGAUGGGAAUUCAUGGGCAUCCUUUGGAGAUUCAGGCACUGUUUUAUUCUGCCUUACGUUGUGCGCGUGAGAUGCUUACUCCAGAAGAUGGAUCAGCUGAUCUUAUACGGGCACUGAACAACCGUCUGGUAGCUCUUUCAUUUCAUAUUAGAGAAUACUAUUGGAUUGAUUUGAAAAAAUUAAAUGAGAUUUACCGUUACAAGACAGAGGAGUAUUCGUAUGAUGCAGUUAAUAAGUUCAACAUAUACCCAGACCAAAUUUCGCCUUGGUUAGUGGAAUGGAUGCCAAACAAAGGAGGUUACUUAAUUGGUAACUUACAACCAGCUCACAUGGAUUUCCGAUUUUUUUCACUGGGAAAUUUGUGGUCGGUCGUAAACAGUUUGGCCACAGUGGAACAAUCACAUGCCAUAUUGGAUCUUAUUGAAGCCAAAUGGUCAGAUUUGGUUGCAGAGAUGCCACUCAAGAUUUGUUAUCCUGCUCUUGAUGGUCAGGAGUGGCAGAUAAUUACAGGCAGUGAUCCUAAGAACACACCUUGGUCCUACCAUAAUGCAGGCUCCUGGCCAACACUGCUCUGGCAGCUCACAGUUGCAUGCAUAAAGAUGAAGAGAACACAUAUUGCUGCAAAAGCUGUUGAGAUUGCGGAGAGACGCAUAUCAAGAGACAGGUGGCCGGAAUAUUACGACACGAAAAGAUCUCGGUUCAUCGGAAAGCAAUCUCGACUAUAUCAGACUUGGUCAAUCGCAGGAUACCUUGUGGCGAAGCUGCUGCUUGCUGACCCGAGUAAAGCAAACAUACUGAUCACCGAAGAGGAUUCUGAGCUUGUGAAUGCCUUGAUUAGUGCCAAUCCUAGAGGAAAGCGAGGGCGCAAAAGUAUGAAGCAGACUUACAUUGUAUGA